CACGGCCCACCGGCGGGCGGGGGAGGAACGGCGAGGUCGGCGGCGCCCCGCCCAGUCAGCAAGGUUGCGCGUGCCCAGGGCGGCCGCCAAGAUGGUGGUGGGCGCAUUCCCUAUGGCAAAGCUGUUCUACUUGGGCAUCCGGCAGGUUAGCAAGCCGCUGGCCAACCGCAUCAAGGAUGCCGCCCGCCGCAGCGAGUUCUUCAAGACCUACAUCUGCCUGCCGCCAGCCCAGCUGUACCACUGGGUGGAGAUGCGGACCAAGAUGCGCAUCAUGGGCUUCCGGGGCACAACCAUCAAGCCGCUGAAUGAGGAGGCAGCAGCAGAGCUGGGUGCUGAGCUGCUGGGUGAGGCCACCAUCUUCAUUGUGGGCGGAGGCUGCCUGGUCCUGGAGUACUGGCGCCACCAGACUCAACAGCGCAAUAAGGAGGAGGAACAGCGGGCAGCCUGGAACGCGCUGCAGGAUGAGGUGGGCCGCCUGGCACUUGCUCUAGAGGCGCUGCAGGCUCAGGCACAAGCGAUGCCCUCUUUGAGUGCCCUGGAGGAGCUGCGGGAGGAGCUGCAGGAAGUGCGUGGCCAGGUCUGCAGCGCUCACUGUACUCCCAAGUGCCAGACAGCAUCUUCCAAGUAGCUAGCUGCUGGGGCCUGGACUUGUCUGUGGCUGUGUGGCCCCCAGUAGGGCCUUCUCCUCACACCUCCUGGCCUGGUCUGCUCUGGCCUAGCAGAAACCAUGAGGACCUUGAUGUAGCUGUGACGUGUGGUCACCCCUUACUGGCAGAAUCUGGGCAUUUCCUCCAGGGAGCACUCAGAAGAAGCAUUCUGAGUCCAUCCAGCCUCUGGCUCAAAGUGCUCAGCCCCACCAGGAACCACAUUGGCCAACCUGUCUCUCCACUGCUCUAGCAAAGGCAAGAAAUGGAGCCAGGGCUCAAGCUUGAUCAGGAUGUAGACAAGGUCACCUUGUCUACAUCAUUGGAACGCCUCCUUCCUUUGGUGGGCACAGGCCACCGUGAGCCUUGCCUCAGGUCAGUGUAGCUCCCAUGGAGGCAGCACAGUGCAAUCGAUGCCCUAAUUCUCUCUCCUCAUUCUCCUUCUGAGGUCCCAAGGGGAUCGUGGCUGUACAGAUCCCCUCAGCCUGUGGCAUUACCCCAUUCCCUCCCUCAACACAAACUGAUCCUAGCUGGCUUGAAUCUGACCUGCCUGUCUCAGUUGCAGCCCCGCUACCCUGUCCUAAGAGUCCCUGGACCUUGUUUCAGGUGGCACAUAUUUUCUUAUGUCCUUCAGUGGCAUUUUCAGUUGGGUGGGUUAGAUGUGACCCUCCAUACCCCUGCAGGCCUGGAUCCUCACCCUUUCUGUUGGUCCCACCUUCCUUGCCCACUCCCCCAGACAUGACAUAUUGCUAGAAACGUGAUGGAGGACACAGAGUAACCUGUCCUCCCACCAUUCUGGAAGCCAGUAGCAGAGGUCAGGGUGUUUGGGUUCCACUUUCUUUUGGCUUCAGGGACUCCAUAUCUCCUGGACUCUGUGUCUUGUCUUCAUGUGGCUUUCUCUUCCCCCAUCUGUCUCCUGCAAGGACACCUGCUCUGAAUACAAGAUCUACCCUGAAUCCAGGAUGACCACAUUGAAAGAGCCUUUAUUACAUCUCUGAAGACCCUUUUUCUAAAUGGGGACACAUAGGUCCCAGAUUAGGACAUGGGGUUUUCUUCUGAAGGCCCUCUAUUCAGCUUGUUGCCUGCUGUUCUAAGAAGACUUAUGAAGAAAGUCUAUGCUAUAGCCCUGCUAUGCUGCUUGGCCAUUUGGCAGCCUACCCAUAGCUUCUGGAGUUGGGCUAACCACUAUAGCUCCAGAAGGAUUGUGAGGGCAAUAGUCUCUGUCAUGGCUGUUCAGUUCCUGAUGGAAGGAGCCAUAGAAUAAGGAGACCUCCUAAGGAUAUAAGAGAGGCAUGAUCACCAUGGACCUCCAGACUAGGCCAGUGUUCAUUAACAAUAGAGAAAGCCACAUACCUGGAAUUCCAGUGCUCAGGGGCUGAGGCAGGAAUGAGCCUGGGUCCCAUUGUGAGUUCCACGGCAGCCUGCUGAACCACAGGAAGCCACCCUGUCUUUAAGGAGAAAAAAAAAAAAAAAAAAA